CAAAAUGCAGUGCGGUCCCCUGAGGUUCGUCCACUUUUCUACCUGAGCCUCUCCGACCUAUUGCUGGGCAUGUGCUGGCUUGCUGGGACGCUUCUCUACAGCACACCAACCUCCGAGCAGGAUCUCAUCUGCUAUAACCUGCAAGCGACAGGACAAAUAUUCUACGUGGCCUCUUUUCUAUACACUGUCAACUACACCUGGCAUCUGUACAUGGACCUAAAGAUGAAAUACAACCAGAACUUUUUCCGGAUGCCCCCCCAGGUUGUAGAUUAUGCGAGUUGCAUUGGCCGAAUAGCAACGAUCUCAUCUAGCCUGAUCCCUUUCCUUCUCAUGGUGCCUGUGUUUUGCCUGGGCAACAGCAGUAAUUGCUACCAGAACUUCAGCCAGAAGCACGGAUGUCUCUUGAUGCACACGGAAAUAGUUGUGCCCACCAACGAGCCGCAAACCCUGAGCGGCUCCGUUUGCCGCGCAAUGCAUUUCUAUGGCAUUGGGGUCUUCCUUGCUUCCUUUCUGAUCAGCUUCGUAGCCAUUCUGGUUAUACUCAGUCAAGCCCGAGGUUUGUACAAAAGGUUCGUAAACUCCACAGGAUUCCUGGGGGAUCAGCAAUGGGCCAUGAUUAAGAUGGUAGAACAACGAGUGGUUUUUUACCCCAUCGCAUUCUUCUGCUGCUGGGCCCCAGCCGUCCUCCUUGGAAUACUGAAGCUGACCGUUUCAACAAACAGCAAAAUCUACAUGGCUUUUCUAAUUCUGCAGGCUCUGACAGCAGCUUCCCAGGGGCUUCUGAACUGCAUCGUGUACGGCUGGACACAGCACGUCUUCCUCUCCCUCAAACGCAACGCCUGCCGGGACGUUGACACUCAGACUCCUCUCCUGCGCUCCCAGAAGAAGUUCUACGCCAGCACGCUCCCCGCCAGCACGCCGGACGCAGAGGGGUCCACGUCCACCCUGCUCUGAUGAAUCCCUGCGUCGAAGGAGAACAGGCAGCGUCCUAACAAGGCCUUGUCGUGUUUUAGCAAUGUCAGCCAGACCCGCUAUCGGGCUGGCUGCUGCGAACUGUCUUGCCGGCAGCAAAAAGUUAGCCGUAGUGCUGGAGGAGCCGGCGCAGAUCUGUCAGAGACAGACACUGCAGUGAAGACAGUUAUUUAUUUUACAGGUUUGUAUGGACUGUAAAUGGAUUCUUUAAAUGUGGUAAAUCUUUAGUACAGACUUUCUCCUUAUGGAAAUAUCUUUAGAAAUGCAGCAAAUUAUAUGUAACAACUUAGGGAGCUGGUACAGCUCCUUUGAGGGAAGGUGGUCAAAGGAUGUUUUACUUCUCUAAGUAUUUGCCAUUACAAAUUAACAGUAAAGCAAAGGUGAAUAUUUUU